UCCAAAACCAUCUACAAGCUACAUCUACUUUAUUGGACCCGCUCCUUUACAUCGCCAGCUCUAUAUAUCCUACACAUGAGGUUUCAUAUCCAGGGCAACCAUUUGCAAGUGCAAGUAUGGGAAAGAAUCGACGGCGAUGCGCCAAGCUUCGGGUGAGAGAGGGCAGAGAGGAAGAGCAGGGUCGGAAUGGUGUUGACCGCGAAUCCCCACAAAUACCAACAGCAAAUGCCCCCCCUAGCAUGCAUCCAGAUUACAACCCUUUCCAACAACCUCGAAGAUCUGCGUUUUCCUCACCCAGCUCAAAGCCCAAAUCAGCGCCAUUCAAAGAUCGUGGAUGUCAACAUCAACCAACAGGUCGACGACGACAGGCAAACACCGAGCUGUCGCCACAAUCCGACUGGAAGAUGCGACAACGCAACCUCAAGAAACACCUCGUUCAAACACUCAACCAAGCCGUUCAGACAAUCGAGCUCUGGCUACCCGAAGAUACAUCGUCAGGAUUUUGUGAGAGUGAUACAGAGAGCGAUCCUGAGGAUGAGAUGGACUGGCAGCAUGAGAAGGAAACGGUCAUUCCCCAGCCGUGUGAAGUUACCUACAUCUGGAAUGUGUGUCCGAACGUCACGUUCGAAAGACCUGGUAUGGCGCAGCAGGGUGUUCAAAAGGAGAAGUUUGGAUAUGGUUAUUGUAGUGUGCGAUCUGGGAGCGCAUAGGGAUAUCAAGGUGACAAAACGAAGGUGGUACGGUUCACAGUGUUCUGAAGGAGUGAUAAGGUGUUGGGGCUCGGUGAGGGACAUGGUUUAGCGAUGGUGUUCAAGAGGUGGGCUAGGUGUCAAAUUACUGGUUCGGAGCAGGGAAUAUACUUGGAGCUGGAAGGGGAAAAGGUUCUUCGUGAUACAAUCCUCUUUCUACCUCUUAAUUAUACUUAAUCAUUCCCAGACGUUGCCAGCA